UAUUAAAUAUGUCUGAAAAUCCCAUGGAAAGUGAAAGCGGAAAUGCAUACGGACUAAGGCUGACUCUUUUGGCACCUGAAGGACGCGGAACGGCGCUAGAUCGAAUUUUGUCGUCCCUUACUGACUGGAUAGACCCAGCUAAACAAAUUGUUGAUGUUGACGAAAUGCCACCCGAAGAGGAUAAAAGAAAACAGACAAAGCACGAAAAGAGUAUAGACGGUUGCCUGAUUACACCUGCAAUAAGUGUUAUGCUGUUUGUUCGGGAGACAGGAAGAAUGUGCUUGGAUGAUGUUGAAAAAGUUCUAAAAAAGUCACCGUGGCAGUUCCAUCACAAAGUAGAACUACAUAACAAGAACGUACCUCGAACACCUCUGGCGAAACAGGAGUUUUACAAGCUUGCCGACGACUUGCCCUUAUUUGCUGCUUGCCCAGUUCUUAAUGAAAACGAACACUUGCGUGUCAAUCUUUAUGUACAUAACUUUCCCGCAAUGGUUGAAUUCUAUCGGACGAUAACAGAUACUGAGAUUGAAACGAAUAAACCCGAGUUUUGCGUAUUCGAGUUAUAUCGACAGCCUGGAUUAGACAUUCAAUUGUCUCUCAAACGAUCUCAGUAUAUUUACCCUAUUCCUGUGGAAUCUGCCUAUGUUAGUUUCAACAUUAAAAACAUUAAAGUGGUUGAAUUAGUAUCUGACAAUGAAGUCGAACACGUCGGCGGAAAUGUUUACACAACACGCGACCCUGACGGAAAUCUUGUUGUUCUGUAUGAAACGGAUUUUAAUAGUUCACACGAUUGCUCAAAUCUUGCCGGAGCUUGCAAUGCAUUGAACACAUUUAGUUUAGAUAGCUGUACCGGCUUUGAUGACGUCAAAAGUCUAAAAAGCACGGCUGGUAGUCAUGACUCAGGGAGAUAUUCGGACUUAGAUGGACCAAAUAACGACAAUCUCGUUCACACAGAGCGUUCCAAGCGUUCUGAAAACAAACGCAAAUCAAGAAACCAAAGUGAAAAAAGUGAAGGUUAUGCAAGUUCUAGUUCUUCUAGUUUGACGCUUAGACAUGAAAAUUCAUCUGAAAAUAGUACUAUCAAUGAUAAAAAUCAAAAGUCCACCGGGAAACAUAACGGAAAAUCAUCUAAAAAUAAAGCGAGCGCUUCUGAAAGAAAGACAAAACAUGGAAAACAAAUUACGCCAGUCUAUAUCUGAAGUGGAACUGUCAUAUUUUCAAAUAAGUAUUUUAUUUUAGUUAAAAGGUGAAUCUAUGUCGCAGAACACUAAAUACACCUUAGAAUUCUUAUUAUAACAACUCAUAAUUGUUUGUAAUUAUUGUAAUAUAUUGAAAUAUUGAGAGAUAAUUUGAUACGUGUAAUUAUAACAAUACAUUUUUUGUGCAGCUUUCGAAAUGAUAAUUAUGUAGUGUACAAAAGGCUGUUUAAUAUAGACAAUUGAUAAUUACUAUACUCGUUUAUAACUGUAAUUACAUUCUUUUCUGUUCUGAUCUGUGCCAUAUGAUUAAAGCAUAACGUUUUUUUAUAUAUUGCAAAACACACAUCGGGUUUAAGCGUUGUUUAACCUAUUAACUGUUCAACCAUUUAUUGUUAUUUGUGAUUUUUGUCAACAUUUCAUUCGAAAUAAAUGUAUAAAUGUACAUAUAGCACGCAACGCAACAACGUGAAUUCGGGACUGCACAUGUUUUAUUGCUGUAUUCUUUUUUUUAAAUAUUAACUAGUCUUUGUUUGCAACCAUUACCAACCCAAACAGAUGUUUAAUAACAAAUAGUACACAGCAGUUCAUCUUUAUAAUCAUUUAUGUGAUUGAAUUGUUUUGUAUAAAUUAGUGUCCACAUUACUGACAAAAUUAUCAAUGCCAUACUCUUUUAGAUUAAAAUAUUUAAUUAACAAAUAUAGUUUAUUAUGAAAUUUAUUCAAUAGUUAUUUUGCUCAAGUUUUUACCUGUCACAUUUGCAUUUUCUGAUAAUUGUUGAAGAGAUUCAAUUUGCAUGUAUUCAAUAAGAUUUGCAUCAAAAUUUCUAAAUUUGAUAUUUUAGAUAUUAUCGUGUCGUUAAAUCAAACUAUUUAAUUAUAUGUUGUCAGCAUAAAGUUACUUAAUUUGAAUAAAUCUUGUUAAGAAAUGA